CUGUCAACCAAUUUGUUGUCAAUACUCAAGCUUUGAGAAAUUGUUUUGCCAACAGAAUUAGGUUUAUAAUUUAUAUGUUUAAUUUCUAAUAAAAAAGAAACUGUAAAAAUAAAUGUAAUCUUUCUCGCUUUCAAUUCGUAGUGUCUGUUAACUAUGUCAGAGUCAUCUAAAUCAAAGUCUGCAUCAAAUAUCAACCCAUCACCUACAUUACAGUGCAAGGAUCUUCAUGAGUAUUUAAAAAGUCGGUCACCACAGUUCUUAGAGACAUUAUACAACUAUCCGACUAUAUGUUUGGCUGUUUACCGUGAGUUGCCGGAGUUAGCAAGGCACUUUGUGAUCCGGCUGCUGUUUGUGGAGCAGCCCGUCCCACAGGCUGUGGUAGCAUCGUGGGUAACACAAACACAUGCUAAAGAACAAAGUAAAGCAUGUGAGGCACUGUCAGAGCUGUCAGUAUGGCAGGAAGCGCCGAUACCUGGUGGGCUUCCUGGAUGGAUGCUCGCUCAAUCAUUCAAGAAAAACCUUAAAGUUGCUCUACUUGGAGGCGGACGGCCAUGGAGCAUGUCAUCGUCGCUGGAGCCGGACGGCAAGGCGCGCGACGUGGCGUUCCUGGACGCGUACGCGCUGGAGCGCUGGGAGUGCGUGCUGCACUACAUGGUGGGGUCGGCGCAGACCGAGGGCAUCAGCGCCGACGCCGUGCGCAUCCUGCUGCACGCCGGCCUCAUGACCAGAGAUGCAGAAGAUGGCACAGCUGUGAUAACAAGAGCAGGGUUCCAAUUUCUACUGCUCAGCACCGCUAAACAGGUGUGGCUGUUCCUGCAGCACUACCUGCACACCGCGGAGAAGCGCAGCCUGAGCGCGGCCGAGUGCCUCGCCUUCCUCUACCAGCUCAGCUUCAGCACGCUCGGAAAGGAUUACAGCACAGAAGGAAUGAGUAACAACAUGUUGGUGUUCCUGCAGCAUCUCAGGGAAUUCGGUCUCGUCUACCAGAGAAAGCGCAAGGCGGGCCGCUUCUACCCCACGCGGCUCGCCUUGAACAUCACGUGCGUGAAGGACGGCAUCGCGCCGCUGGAGGCCGCCGCCAGCACCGGGUACAUCCUCGUGGAGACCAACUACCGCGUGUACGCCUACACGCAGACCACGCUGCAGGUCGCCCUGCUGGGGCUGUUCACCGAGCUCAUCUACAGGUUCCCGGACGUGGUGGUGGGCGUGCUGACGCGCGAGUCGGUGCGCGCGGCGCUGCGCGGCGGCAUCUCGGCGCAGCAGAUCAUCCGCUACCUCGAGCAGCACUCGCACCCGCAGAUGUUAAGAUCCGAGACGGCCGGGAUCAGAACGUCGUCAGUGUUGCCGCCCACCGUCGUGGAUCAGAUCCAGCUGUGGGAGAGCGAACGGAACAGGUUCACCUAUACCGAGGGUAUCGUCUACAACCAGUUCCUGUCUCAGGCGGAGUUCGGCGUGCUGCGCGAGUACGCGUCGCGCUGCGGGUUCCUCACGUGGCACAGCGAGCGCGCGCGCACGCUGGUGCUGACGCGCGCCGCGCACGACGACGUCAAGCGCUUCUGGAAGCGGUACUCCAAGUCGUCCUGAGCCCCGCGCGCCGCGACCCGCGCCCCGCGAC